AUGGCUCGACGCGGUCAGGUAGUAGUUUUUGGUCGCCUGAAACUUAGGUAAUUCACUCAGUGUUUACGUACCUGACAUUAUAAUUAACGACAAAUUCAAAAAAAAACCAAAAAAAGUCUUUUUUCAAACUUUAUCGCUCUGAUUACCUCGAAAUAAAAGAAAUCUAAUAGUCGCCACUCUAGUGACCACUUCAGACGUUUUAUCCCACCAAAAUCACCUCGUUUUUUUUCUUGGAGUGUUACGCACAUUUCCCCCCGUACUACCCCAUAUCGUGGAAGCAAAUGAAUUGAAAAAAAUUGGAUUUUCAUAGAAAAAAGAAAAUAUUUUUUGGGUAAUUUCCGGUAUGUCGGCUGGUUGUAUUUGCAGGUGAUUGGAGGUGAACGGUCGGACCAUCUAAUUCCAGUGCCGCUGAGCAGCGCUCCCACUGACCAGGCUGUAAGCGUUUACCAGAAACCCCAUUGGUCGAUUUCGCUCUUUUAAUCGCUUUUUUUAAAACCAUUUUUUUUCGUUUUUCUUCUCGAAAAAUGGUGGAUUUUUGAAGAUUUGUUUUUUUCCAGUUUCUAAGAGGGUUUCCAGUUUCAGCUUGGUGAAAAUGGCCUCGAAGUCGAGAGUCUUCUGCGCUCUAAUGAUAAAUAUGUCACUUCAAGAAAUAGCAAGUUGACGGGAAAAAAUAGCCUUGAAGUAGCUUGUCUUGUGCGCCCCGUUAAUAAAAUUAGCCUUGAAAGCGAAUUUUGGUGAAAAGGAUUUUUGAGGCUAUUUUUUCUGUUAACAAUGACUUCAAAGUGCUAUUUUUAAUUGUCAGAGUGUGGCAAUUCGAUUUUUCUCAAAAAAAGUGCAUAAAUAUUUUUUUCGAAACUAGAUUUAUCAUUAGAGCGCGAAUAAAAAAAAGUUGGAGGCCAUUUUUUCUCAUGAUUUUCAAAAUAAGAAUAUACUGGUUUUUGCGCUCUAAUUAUAACUCAAUUCAUUAACGCUUGCUUUUUUGAGUUUUCGACGAUAACCUUGGUAACGGAACUUGAUGACGCGCCCCGGACGUCUCAGAGCAUUUCUAGUGAGCACUUUAGUAGCGUCACACCUCUUAAGUGACCCCUAGAAACACUCAGAAACGUCCGGAAGGCGUCCAGUUUUCGUUACGAAGGUCAGAGUGCUCCGGACGUUGUUGAGUAGUUCUAGGGAUCACCUAAGGGUGCGACGCUACUAAAGGGUUCACUAGAAAUGCUCUGAGACUUCCGGGGCGCGUUACCAAGGUCCAAGUAUAAAAAGCUUUAACCAAUGAAACUGAAAACCUUACGAGAAUAAGAAAAACGAAGAAAAUUGGAAGAAAGAAGACGAAUUGAAAGAAGCGGAUCGAUCUUGUGAUGUGGUGGUGACGUGUAGUGUAUUAAUAUAGUGCGUUUAACAUAUCCCCAAUAAUCAAGAGCAUAUGUCUAUUCGGUAACAAAUCCUCCUCCCUAACAAAUUAACAAAAGCAAACAAAAAAAAACAAAUCGAAACGAAUCCCUUGCCCGUUUUGUGUGUGGCUGCAUCAAUGCAUUCUCCAACUUUUACACACUUUGAAUUGCGCUUUUGUUCGGGUACCUUUUCAUUUUUUCUCAUUUUGGGCCUUUUAGAGCACGCUUUUCUCAUUUUUUUACUUCAAAUUCAUCUCAAAUUAGGCUUUUCCUAACCCCCAUACUUUAAGUUUCGCCGUUGGACUCGUUUUUUUCUGUGGAUCGGAGUGAUUUUUCUUAAGUUGCUAGAGAGUGCGUGAAACGUGGAGACUUCAGACGCGCAGAGAUGUCUGCCGUCUCUCGCCUCCCCAUGCUAUUUCUUCAUUAACAACCGUUUCGAAUAAAUGUGGCUCUUUUUUAACGCGCUGUCGCAGUCUUCUUGUGUUGCGGAAUUGAGCAAACCAAAAAAAAAAACAGAUUUGAAUUUAUAUCCUUGUUUUCGCUAUACAUGUAAAUAUAAUGGUUUUCUCUCAGUUUUUCGGUUUUGACUUCAAUAUUAACUGAAACCAGAUGGGGUGUUCAUGAGCGGAGUUUUUUGGAUUUUUUUGAAGGGUCUUGUAGGUUUUUUCACACCAAUGAUCUACUAGAAAUUCCUCAAAAUUUCCCAUUUUCGAGGACAAUGGGCUUCAAAAUGAGAAAAAAAACUUUAUUUCGGGCAAAGUUGCUCUAUUGAUAAAAAUAUUUCCUGGUUCUCAGUCUUUUGUAACUAGACAGCUUUCGAAACGAGAGAGGGCAUAGAAAAAUACAAAUCUCUCUGGCCUCUCAUCUUUCUAACGCUGUCUAGCUUACCAAGGUGAGGGAUUUGAAAAUGAGCGAAAAAGUAUUUUCGGGCAAAGUUGCUCUACUGAUACAAGUAUUUCUUGCAUUUUUUUUUGGUAGUUCUCCGUUUUUAUAGCUAGAUAGCCUAAGAAACGAGAGAGACCAGAGAAAAAUACGAAUCUCUCUGGCCCUCUCAUCUUUCUAACGCUGUCUAGCUUACCAAGGUGAGGGAUUUGAAAAUGAGCGAAAAAGUAUUUUCGGGCAAAGUUGCUCUACUGAUACAAGUAUUUCUUGCAUUUUUUUUUGGUAGUUCUCCGUUUUUAUAGCUAGAUAGCCUAAGAAACGAGAGAGACCAGAGAAAAAUACGAAUCUCUCUGGCCCUCUCAUCUUUCUAACGCUCUCUAGCUUACCAAGGCGAGGGAUCUGUUUUGAAGAUGAAAAAAAAGAAGAAAAAAAAGAAUUUUUUUCGACUUUCAAGUAUUUUUUUAAGCACAAAGCCAUUUUUUUCCCGAAAAAAAUAAGGUUUUGGCCGAUUUCAAAUGGAUCAUUGGAUAACGUGAAAUGAAAAAAAUAUUUAAAAAAACGGUUUUUUUAUUGAAUAUUUUUUUCUAUCAUUUCAAUGCUAGAGGAUGAAGAUUUCACAGCAUCUCGCUCAUGGAUACUCCUGGAUUUUAUUUUUCUGGGAGUUUGGGGCCGUGAAUUGAUUUCUCCUUUCAGAUCCGCGUGGUGAAAGCUUUCCAAGCCGGCUUGGACCGACGCGAACCGAGUUUGACCGGCCAAUCGGCGGCCCGACUCCGAGAAAUUUCCCGCCAACUGCGGUUGCAAGUCGACAGCGAGAAUCGGGGUUCGUUUUCUUCGGAAAGAUGGAAUUUUGAGUAAAACUGUGACCAACAAGCUAGGCCAAAACGAAAGGAGAACGAAAAAAACGUUGAAAAAAAACUCCUUGCGUCUUUUUCCCGCAGACUUUUGUACCUAGUUCAUUCAUCAGUGGCUUAAGGUAGCAUUAAUGAGGGUCUUGACACGAUUAGUGAAAUAGUGGGCGAAAAGAAGAGGUUCAGACGUCCAAAUUUUAUUUAUCGCUGCGUCUGGUUAGAAGAAUGAACUGUAGUUUUUUUGAGGCAUUUUCAGCUUUUUAAUAAAUUUUAUUGAAAAAAAGGUACAUGAGAAUGACAAAUUUUAGUUCCUACAGAAAAAAUCCAAUCUUUAACGCGUAAGGUAAGAUUUUUUCUACGUGAGGUGAAAUUUUUUUCGGAAGUUUUUUCAGAAUGUGAUUGAAUAUCAUAAGUUUUAUACCCACUUCAAGUUGGAGAGGUAAACUGGGAAAAAAAGUGAUAAAGGACAGUCGGGAGCGAGAGAGCAAGAACGCCUGAAGAGAUUCCAGAGAAAAAGAGUUCGCCUACUUCUCUGGAGUCUCCAUGAGACCCUUGAUCUCUAACUUUUUGAGCUUAUUGUCUAAAUUUCCCGAUUUUCAGCACGUUCCUCAUCUCGAGCCAACAUCAAGGACAAUUCAGAAACCAACAAUACUUCUGUUUGA